AUGUUCAGCGGCUGGUUGCUCGCACCAGCCAUAUUGCUCAUCUUACUAUAUAGCUCUCUCUGCGCAAACCCCAACUGCUACUACGCUUAUAAGUUACCCACGGGAAAAGUCAUCACUAGAGUAUUUAACCCAUAUGUGCAAUUAAGACAAAGGAAAGGUUCUUCCCUCGUUCGAGGGUACGACGAUGAUCGAGGUAAUUUCGUGGAAGCUAAAAGGACGGUUAGAAUUUCUGAUGGGGAUAUACUUAGGAGAGGUGACCCCUUGGGUUUCACACCAAAGGGGAGUAAACCCAGUGGUAGAAAUACAGCACGUAGUUUUAGCGAAGGGGUAGGGCUGACACAGACCAAGUGGCAUAACGGGAGAAGCACCUGGAGAAGUGUGAGUAGAAAAAAAAAUACAUAUCUGUUCCUGUUUAGGAGUGACCACAGUGUAUCUCCAUCCAUAGGGUGCAGCAGCAGGGGAGGGAACUCCGCCAUCUCUGCGAGACCCCGCAAAACAGUCGAGCGCAGCAAGGCCGAGGAAGCAAAUCCCACUGAAGACCAAGGAGGAGGCAACACUGAAAGCGUUACAGAUGCCGAAGUGAUAACUCCCCAGGGGGGAAAGUACAAAAAGAGGAAGUACACCGAAGUUAGAGACGAAAAGAAGAAAGGAAAUCUGCCAAACACCCAUGCGGAGCGGUUCACUGGGGUAGACCCCCCUUUGGAGAAAAAUGAAGGGAAGCGGGGGAAAGGCGUGACAAAGCUUGGAAGCAAGUUAAUACGUGGUGAAGCCAGUGAUUCGAAGGAGGCAGUUAGAGAUGAUUCGAUGAGAAGAAGCACCACCCAAUUGAGGAGUAAUCAAAGGCUCAAAUAUGAACCUCUCUCCACCAUUAAUCCUGAAAGUGUCCGCAGCACAUACGAUGAAGCCAUACCAGCGUCGUAUUACCAAAGGAAGGGAAGCGAAAAGGAGGCAAGUUACAAAGACUGCCAACGGGAAAGCGGCGGAAUGCAUGCAUACAGAUACCCCCUCCCAAAUGAGAGCCAUUCUAAAUUGAGGACCCCCGAGGGCGAUACGCCCAGCGAAGACAACGUCGGGAAAACCCUCGAAGGGGAAGUCUACUCAGUCAGCCCGAACGCAGUUCUAGUGAAGAUAAAAAAUACAGACCACUUCGGAAUGCUCUUUAAAAGCAGAUGUAACUUUGGAGACGAUGUUGGAGAUCUGAAUGAAUACUUCAAGGUGGAGCAGAAAAUCUUUGUCAAAGUUUUAGGCAUAAAUAUGAAAAAAAAAUUGUACUACUUAGCUAACAUAAUUAAAUACAAUCCAGAUGUGAAAUUGAAGACAGGAGACACGUCAAAGGGGUUGAUUACUAAAUUGUGUGAGUCGUACCUAUUUGUUAAGAUUCUGAAGAAUGGCACCACUGGGUAUCUCCACAAGUCGAAAUUGUUUCCCCCAUCUGUCCCGCAUAUGGGGGAGGAGAAGAACAAGCAACAACCGCAAGAGGGGGAGCCACAAAAGGCGGAGCAACACAAGGGGAGACAUAACCACAGGUGGGACGUCUUACUAAAAAUGGCACAAUUUACACGGCUGUUUAACAUCUGGGACAUUAUAGACGUCGAAAUUUAUGAUCGGCCUGAUGUGAACUUUAAGUCCAACUAUAUAUUAACCAUCCCGGAGGAGUCCAAGACGUUUGACAAAGUGCUCUCCUAUUUUGACUCCCUGUCGGGGGGCAUCCCGCACGAGGGGGAAGUGAAUCAUUCAGGGGGAGAGACGUCUGUGAAUCAGGGAGGGGAAGAGGCGUCUCUGAAUGAAGGCAAGAAGGACCCAUUUGUUAAUCACCUAGGGGGGGACCCCUUGGAGGAAUCCUCCGAUGGGGAUGCAGCCGACCACAGGAAGAGGAGAAGCAGGACGAGUCACUCGAGGGAGGCACACCAUACAGACAGGACGAGUCAUCAACAUUAUACCAGCCCAACUCAUGAGGAACAGAGAACCUGCCCCCCCCGUGGGUUCCCUUCUUUAAGAAAAAACAAAGAGGCGCUUCAUAAAGAUAGAGCAUCCGCGAAGUUCUGUCGAGUGCCCGAAAAUGCCAGCUUGUCCGUUUUCUCGAAGAUGACAAAAAUAUCCUUGUCCGCGUUGAAAAAAUUUUUUAUAAUCAACGAGAGUAGGGAGUACCAUUCGGGGCAUACACUGAGUGCGGAUCAGAUGAGAAAAGCUAGUGAGCAUUUUAACGUCAGCUGUGUGGUCGACGUUGGCGAGGGGUCCGUAGCGGAAGGUGCCAAAUUGGAAAGCAGCAUAGUGGACGGCGGCGUAGUGGAAGACGCGGUUACCCCCGGUGUCUCUCCAACGAGAGAAAGCGACAACGAAGAGGAGGAAGUUCAAACCGAUGGGAAGGCAAAGCCAAAUGGGGAAAUCAAAUUGGGGCUAAACAAUGCCCGUGUUGCGAGUAAGCCGCGUAUUGCCUGCCCGACAGAGGAUCCAACCGAGAAAAGUAAAAAGCGGAACAUUGUAGUGACCUUUAUCGGGCAUAUCAACCACGGAAAAACGUCACUCUUCGAUUACAUAUGCAAAACGAAGGAGAGGGACAAGGAAAAGGGACUGAUAACCCAAAAUAUAAGAGCGUUCAAAGUGAAAUCGAAAGGUAACGAUUUCACAUUUACACUGAUUGAUACCCCAGGGCAUGAAGCCUUUAUGCCAAUCCGAAGCAGAGGAGUGAAAAUAUCCGAUCUGAGCAUUUUAGUAAUCUCUGGAGAAGAAGGAAUACAGGAACAGACAGUGGAAUGUAUCAAACUGAUUAAAGAGCAUCACAUCCGAAUUGUAAUCGCAGUUACGAAGAUGGACUUGCCAAACGUAUCGGUGGAUCGAAUUAUUAAUGAUCUUCUGCAUCAUGAAAUUUACACCGAAAUGAAUGGUGGAGACGUGCAGGUGGUUCCUUGUUCCAUUUUGAAGGCAGAAUCUAUGGACAAGCUGGUAGAUGCAAUAUAUUUAGAAUCCGAAUUUUUAGACUUACCAUUAGAGGAGAGUAAAGAUUGCCAAGGAGUUAUCCUUGAUUCGUAUAUUGACAAGAAUGGAAUCGUGUCCAUUAAUCUAGUCCAGAAUGGAACCCUCCGGGUGAAUGAUUACUUCUACACAGGAUCGUCCUACGGGAAGGUGAAGAUAAUGAAGGAUCAUCUCAACAAGAAGGUAAAAUCCGCGUGCGCCUCCGACCCAGUGAUGGUCGUAGGUUACGAAAAGAACUCCGUGCCUGUCGCAGGAGACCGAUUUUAUGUGGUACAGAACGAGACAGUCGCGGAGCAAAUUGCACAGCACCACAAGAAUGAGUUGCUCGCUUCACAGAUGCGGGGCUUUAGCUACGGGCAGGAGGAUGGAAACCUCGAUCGCUACAGAGAUUAUAUCAUUAAUGAGGGCUCCUUUACUCCCGAUGAGGAACAGAAGCAGAAUGGUGAGGAGGCAAAUCCGAAUGAUGGGGAGCCAAAGCAGGAUGGUGGGGAGAAGAACCCACAGUUGGAAGAAAGCACAACCCAAGAAAACUCCCCCCAAGUGGAAGAUACCACCGGAGAACCCCCCCCACAGGGAAGCAACAACGAAAAAGAGGGUGCUAAUCAUUUUGGAGAAAAUGACCCCAAGACAGUGUACGUCAGCUACUUCGUCAAAUGUGAUAAGCAAGGCACGAUUGAUGUUUUAAAAAAUUGCCUCCUAAAGUUAGAAGUGAAGGAUACACUGCACCGAGUUCGAAACAAAAUUGUUUACUCCAGCAUCGGAGACAUCACAGCCAGUGACAUUACUUAUGCUAGAAGUUUCGACGCCAUUAUUAUUGGGUUUAAUGUUAAGCUCUCCAAGAGCUGCCCGAAGAAUACGAAACAGAUGCUGAGUUCUGGAAAAUCCAGCUGCCGAAUUAUCUAUGUGAAUGUUUUAUACGAUCUGAUUGAUCAGGUCGAAGAUCUAAUGAAGGAGAAACUGAGUUCCAAGCCGAGGGGCACAUACAAAGGGCAGGCAACCAUUUUAAAGGUUUUCAAUGUAUCUAAGUUGGGGAAGGUAGCCGGGUGUGUUGUCAACAGUGGCACCGUUAACAACCACAGCAAUGUCAGAAUUUUGAGGAACGACCAAGUCAUCCACAUUGGAAAGAUCGUGUCGCUUAAGAUUGGCAAAGAGGAGAAGGAGGAAGUUAGCCAGGGCGAUGAGUGCGGCAUGGGUUUUGAGAACUUCGUAGACUUUCUCCCGGGGGACAAGGUGGAGUCGUACCAAGAGUAG